AUGACACGUUUCUUCACUGACCAUGCAUGGUUUGGCCGGACAUGGACACUUCAAGGGAUGUGGCUAGCUCGAGAGAUGGCAGUUAUGUGCGGAAUAAUCUAUGCUUCUGUAGAUGUUAUCCUCGCCGAAAGUAGUAUUGCAAAUGAUGGUUACUCCUCGAGGAGUGUCACUGAAGACAUACAGAGAACCCUAGCGAUUACAUGGCUGAUGAACUUCACCUACGACUUGAUAGCCAAAUUGAGAAAGGAAGUUGAUGGGACUUCUCCUUCGCCACUUGGAUUCGAAGUCGACUAUCAUCGUGCGAGGCAUGCUACAGAUCCUAGAGAUAAGAUAUAUGGCUUACUGGCAAUAUCUGACACCACUACGGCGGAUAAUUAUAUGAAACCAGUAGUUGCGGAUUAUUCAAAACCAACCCAGGAGGUAUUCCCGAUAGCGGCAGCACAUUGUCUACUCAACAUGACAAGCUGGCGAGGUCUGAGCUAUAUCGGAGACCGCAGUAGAUACCACAUCCCAAAUUUACCAUCCUGGGUUCCAGACUACACCCAAGCUAUUCCUUGGAGGCUUUUCCAACGAAGAAGUGAAGAUACUUUCAAAACAGCAACUUACCAACAAGUCUGCAUCGAGUACGAUAUCAACUCACCAUACACUAUCUAUUCGCCAUAUUCUUAUUUUGAUACAAUUACUGCCGUCACAACUGCAUACUGGGAAGAUAUAGAAGGCUAUUCUCAGAUAAUUGAAAUUCUCAGUCUGGCUCUGAGCCCAUUUCCUGUCAAAACGUUCGGGGAAGACAAUGUCUUGUCAGUAGUGGCUAGAACCUUGACGGCAGAUCAAGCAGGGAUAUAUGACUAUGGUUCAUAUGAUUUUGUUGAUCAAUUUGGGCAAAUGACAUACGAGUCCAGUCUCACAGAGUCUCAAGAUCAGAGCCUCAAGGCUCGAACCUCACUGAUACAGCUUGACUGGGGUUCUGCAUCACGCAAAAGAAGUCUCUUUCGAACGAAGACAGGACAUCUUGGGCUUGCACCCCAGACUAUUCAGGUCGGUGACGAAGUGGGCAUAUUGCAAGGCGGUGAAGUUCCGCAUGUAUUUCGUCGCGAUACAGGCUCGGAAACGUCGUUGAGUCUGGUUGGCGACGCCUAUGUUUAUGGAAUCAUGCAUGGGGAGUUGGAGUCUGAGGAUCUGAAGUUCACAGAGGUUCGGUUGGUUUAG